UACGUCAUCCCUCUCGUGCCCAAUCGGGGGUGAGUACGCGGACGGAGCACCGCCCUCCAGAGAAACCGCCAUUGGAAAAGAAACAGACGGGAAAAGGCGGAAAGUGAGGAGUUGUGAGACGCAACACGGAAACUCGGUCAGGUAUGAGUGACGUGGCGGAGGAAGUGUCGCUGGGAGCAGUGGGUGAGUGCCCAGAGUCGCCGCAGGAAGACAAGAAGUCGACGGUCACGGAAAAAACAGAGGCUGGAGAAGACGGGCCUCCCAUGUCGGCGGGGCAGUGUGAGCCGGCUUGGCCACCCGCCGCUGAGGCUACCGUGGCGGGAAAACGCGCCAAGAAGAGUGUGGCGCGGCUGGACUUACAGGCGCCCAAACACAAAAAGCUGAAGAUCGCGCAAGGUACAUUACGAAGCGGCGACAAGCUGGGAAACAUCCCGCGCACCAAUUUCCAGAUUGGCAAACUCAAGUCCGAAGACCUCAAGCCGCUGCAUACCAUCUUAUUUGAGCGGCCAGGAAAGAUGGCUAGCAUUAAGAAGAACCUGCGCCUCUUCAGCGGCUUCCCUUUCCCCGCCGGCAGCGACCAGUACCUCAAGAAGCGAGACAAACUGGUCAAGAACGCACACUUCACCAAGGCCAAGUUCAAGCUGGUUUGUGGCAUUCUGGACCUGGAGAAGAAAGGCACGCAGUUGGAACUGGUGAACAGGAUCCUGACCUUCCUGCUGGAGCCCAAGAGCAGCGGAAAGCUUCCCGUGAAGAAGAAGAAGCGCUCCAAGAAGAAAGUGGCCACCGACGCGGCUGCCAAGAGCAAAAAAGCCGAGGGCGACCCCAAGAGCAGGCGCGUAUCGUCCUCCUCGUCCAGCCCCAAAAAGUCCAAAGGCUGGAGCAAGUCCAAAGCCAUCGUCAUGGACUCCAGCAGUGAGGACGACGACCAGCCGCCGGACGCUGAAGCUUCCGACACUGGAGACAAGUUGGCCCGUGAGGAGGAGGAAGAGACGAUGCCCCGUCAGGUAACCGAGCUGGCACUCAAGAAGCGCUCCAGGACUCCCGCCAAGAAGACGCUCCCUCAGAGGAAGCGGGUCAAGAGGGACCUCUCCGGCGCUGACUCGGACAUCGAGGCCAAGAAGAAUAGGCCCGCCGCCAAGACCAAGAAGGCCGACAGCAGCAGCAAGAACACCAACGCAGACGACACGUCAGACGAGGACAAGCCCCUCAUCCGGAUGAUCAAGCGAGCGCCGAGCGACGACGAGCUGAAGGAGACGGUGUGCGCGCUCCUCAAGAAAGCCGACCUGGCCCAGAUAACCAUGAAGCAAAUUUGCCAGAGGGUGUUCGACACCUAUCCCGAUCACGAUCUGAGUGGCAGGAAGGAUUUCAUCAAACAGUCGGUCAAGUCGCUCAUCACGUGAAGAACAAGAGUCGUUGUCCAUGCGCCGUCAACCAGACGGGUCUUUCCAUUUUUAUAAUCUUUUUUUCUUUUUUUAUGUCUUCAAUAAACAUUUUCAACAAAG